GAAUGGUGGGCACUUGUUAGUAAAUGAUAAGAGAUGAUAACGUGAAUAUUUUAAAUAAUAUGAUUUUAGAACAAAAUAACAACAUACUUUUUGAGCAACAAAAUUGAAUAACCAUAGUUAAUUUAAAAUGAUUUUAAACUACAGUUCAUGACUAAUUUUACUUUUCAGUUAUUUAUUUCAAAUUAAUUGUUAUAUAAUUUAAGAAUGGCUGCUCAUGAAGAAAUUGAUUAUGAUCCUACAGAUGGACAUUAUUCCGAUGUUGUAUUAACCAUUAGAAUUCUAAUGGGAAAGGUGAACAAAUAUAAAGAGGAUAAUUAAAAUGUUACAGACCUACUUACAACUUGAAUUUAUAAAAUUUAAUUUUAUAUCUUUACAGGAAAUUCUUCCAUUAAUUGGAGAAUAUGGAGAAGUUGUUAAAGAACUUAGAAAUCAGGUAAUUAUGUUCAUACCAAAUCAUUUUAGUGUUAUAAAAUACUGAUUGUUUUUCUUUAUUCAUAUAAUUUAUAGUCAGACGCUACAAUUACCAUUACUGAUAGUUCAACUCCAGAACGCAUUGUAACUGUUACUGGCAACAUCAAUGUAAUACAGAAAGCAUUUACAUUAAUUACUACAAUUUUAGAACAGGUAAUAUAAUUUCUAAUUGCUAUUUAUUAUAUAGUACAUUUUUUUUCUUUGCAAUAAAAAUUAACAAAUAACCAAACUUUAAUUUAAAUUUGUCUAAUCAGGAUAAUUUUUACAAGUAAUGACUUACUAUAGGUAUUAUAAUGUGAAGCCAUCAUGUCUUAUUUGGAUUUAUAACAUUAACAAAUAUAAAAUAUUCUCAACAGCUUGUGAAUAGACAAAUUGUAGAUAUAUAUAGACUCCAAAAUACAAUAAAACUUCUGUACCUUUCAUUAACCUAACUUCUGAAUAUUGCUCACAGUUUUUAAUGAUUAGUUGAUUCUUACUUUUUGUGUUGAUUGUGCUAGUUUUGUAAUUUUACCAGACAAUUGCUAAAUAACAACUUUUAUUAAUACCACAUUAAAACAGAAAAAGAAAGAAGUUGUAAAAUAUUUUCCAUUUGUUGCAUUAUUUUUGGUUUAAUUCAAUUUCUUUGUUGGUAUAUUGCUUGUAUGAGUUGUAAGGAUUUCACUUCAUAAUUUAUAUUACAUAUUCACCAAUUGCUAAUGCCUAAUAUUAAAUUACUUUAUCAUAAUUUAUAAUUUGAAUAUUAUAAGUUUAUAAUAUUAUUGAUAUGAUUUAUUUUUUAAUUUAUAUUUUCGCACAUUUUCCAAUAUGAUUUUGAUAUUUUUAUAAUUCCCAUGACAAAUUUUAUCAGAAGAAUCUGUAUAAGUUAUUUGACUUAUAUCUUUUGAAAAUUUUUCUAACUGCGGAAGUUUUUUGUAUUCUGAAAAUCUUGGAAGUAUUGGAGUUCCAUCUUUUAUAAAUUUUAUUUGUCCACCAAUUUGAGUACGCAGUCUAGGUUUUGAAAUUUCUAAUUGACUUAAUGACAAUACAUGUUCUGUGUCUACUUUGUUUAACAUCCUUAAAUUAUCUUUAGGUGUAUCCAUUUGAUUUGUACUAAUUCCAUUAUAUUUAUUUGAAGACUGAUUAUUUAGUUCAGAGUCCAUAUCUUUGUUCACUUAUUUCUGAUUUCUCCAAUCUAAUGUUUAAUAUAAAUUUAAGAUUUCAUAUCAUUAUUAAUAAUAAUCAUGAAUUACUAGAGCGCCCUAUUUCAUGUAUACACAGUUUUGGCAGUUAUGGUGCAAAUGAAUUAUAUUUGAAUUACGUGGUUCACAAAAAUGAGUGGGUGCCUGAAUGUUCAUAUAUAUAACAAAAAUUAAUGUUUUUUAAAAAAAAUGUUAUUAAAAGAAUUUUAGACUGCGGAAAUUUGAUAAAUUUGUGGUAGGAUGGUGGGGGUAUUUUUGUGUUGGGGUGAGUGGGUGGAAAAUUAAAUCUGUGAUUUAAAAUAAAAAUACUUCGCACCAAUACUGAUUUCAUGUAUUUACGUGAAAUUAACAUUCAAAUCUAAAAAACUAUGUACUUGAAAAGUACCACAAUUUACGUAUACAAGUAUAUUUAUGUAUUUCAUGUUAUUUUCACUAUGUAUUCACGUGAAUAACACUAAAAUACAUGAUCACAGAUAAUAAACUUAAGUAUAUUAAAUAUGAGUACAUAUUUUUCAUUAUUAUGUACAUGGACUAAAGACAAACUUUUCAUGUACUUAUUAUAUAUUUCUGUUUUUAAUAAAAACCUCUAUAAAUUGCCUAUUCCUUCUUUAAUGUCUGGAAUAUAACCUAUUAAAAUAAACUUAAAUUUAUAAUUUAACAAAUUUAUGUAGUAAGAUUACCGUUAAUUGAUAUUUUUUAAACUUGAUAUUAUAUUUAUAUUUUAUAUUACUCAAUACACCAAAAGUAAAAAACAAAAAAACUAUUAUGCACAUUUAUCAAAAUAAAUUACUUUAUAUAGUAUGUAUUUAUAAAGACAUUCAUAUUAAAUGGAAAACAAAAAAUAAUAAAUAAACAAUGUUUAUUAUUGUUUUAAUAAUUUUAUUAUUUGAAUUUAGGAGCCAGAUAGUAAAAAUGUAAAACUUGAUAAGCAAUAAUAAUAAUCAAUAAUAAUUACACAUUCACAGGUUUCUCCUACGCAUCCUCAAAAUAUCAGAAAAGGAUCUAAUUCAAAUAGUACAACAAUAAAACUUAUUGUACCUGCAUCACAAUGCGGAUCUCUCAUUGGAAAAGGAGGAGUAAAAAUUAGAGAAAUUCGAGAAGCUAGUGGAGCCAUGGUAAAUGUAGCUUCAGACUUAUUACCAAAUUCUACAGAAAGAACAGUGAGUAUUAGUGGUUCAGCUGAUGCUAUCACCGAAGCUAUUCAUCAAAUAUGUAUUGUGAUGCUGGAGGUAUGUUAAAAAAUUAUUAUAAUUCAUUAUAUGAUUAUCUACUUAUUAUUAUUAUUAAUUUUUUUUUACUGGAACUUUGUAAAAAAAAAAAAAAUGAUAUUAUUUAUAUAUACAUAUAUAUAUAUAUAUAUAUUUAUAUAUAUAGAUAUUAUUUAUAUUUAUUGCAAUUAUGUUUAUCAUUUUUUGAUUAUUCAAUGUUAUGGCAGACACCAGGAAGGGGACCUACAGUUGCAUACAGACCUUUAGUGACGCAACCAGGGCCUGUAGUAUUCUGUUCUGGCCAAGCCUAUACAUUACAAGGAUCUUUAGCAAUUCCAGCUGUUGGUGAUGUAAAUAUAUAUUUUUUUAUAUGGAUUUAUUACAUAUAUAAAGCAUCUUUAAAUUGAUUGUUUUAUUAAUUUUUUUUUUUUUUUAGGCAUCAGCUUCAAAUACAGCAUUAAAUACCAUUGCAAGUAUUGCUCCAAAUUUAAUUGCAGGCUCUGGAUUAGAUCCAUCAGGUAAUACAAAAUAUUCUGAAUUUUAUUAUUGAAGUAUAAUUAUAGAUAAUUGAUUACUUCUAGUGCUUGCUGCAUUAGCUGGUAGUCAGUUACGAGGCGGGGGUGUCAGCUCAAAAAAUUCACAACAGAAUAUUACACAUGAAAUGGCUAUACCUAAUGACAUAAUUGGAUGUAUUAUUGGUAAAGGUGGAACAAAAAUUGCUGAAAUUAGGUGAAUUUUUUUUAUCAAAUUUCAUUUGUAUUUAUUACUUUUUAAAAAAUGUUAAAAGAUACUAAUUAAAUUAUCUAAGUGUUUAGGGGUUUGGAAGCAAUGAUUUUCUGUUUUUGUCUUAGACAUAGACGCAUGUUUGUUGUGCUACAUAGGUAAAUAGAUAGAUAUAUUUAUUGUUAUUUCAAAAUAGUUACAAUUAUACAAAAUAUAAUAAUAAUAGAAUGCGAAAAAAUGUGUUUCCAAAAGCCUGAGCUUGUAGGGAGACAAGAUUUCAUGUUUAUUAAAUGUAUACAUACUUAUCAACACUGUUCACAAAUUUAAAAACAAAUAUACACAAAUAAAAUGAUAACAAUGUGGUAUACAAUUAAAUGUUAAAAACAAAAAACCAACUAUAAGAAGAUUAUUGUAUUGAAAAAAGUAAAUAAAACUAAUUUAUUAAUUGCUAUUCAAUUUAGUACAAAGAAAUUUGAAAGUGUUCUAUUUUAAAUGCAUUGAUUGAUCUAGUGAAUCAUUAAGAAUUCUGAAAGCAAAUUUGAAUUUGUCAUAGAGUCUACUUGAGAUCGACUUUCCCACUUUUUUCAUUUUUAUUUUUCUUUCUCCAAAAAUUAAAAUAUUCAAUUUUUUUAAUUACUCUUUUUUUACUAUGUUCUUUUAGGAUUUAAUCAGAUAAAUUUAAAAAAAAGUGAUAAAGUUGAUUUCCAGUAGCCUUGACAAAAAAUUCAAAUCUGGUAUCAAAAUUCUUAUCGCUUUACUAGACAAAUUGGUACAGUGGAAAUAGAAUAUGUCUAAAUUACUUUGUUGCUAUUUUUCCUUUGUGUGUAAGACAAAGGCAAAAAAUCUAAUUCAAUUGUUUCCAAUACCCUUAAGAUAGUUUUCCUAACAUGUGUAAAGACAACUACAAAUAAUGAUUAAUUUUAAUCAGUUAUUUUUUUUUGUGGUUUCACUGGUUUUAAUGGGUUUUUUCUUUUAGUAAAUAUUUGUUUUUAUGGAAUAAAGCAUUAUUACUAUAAUAAUACUGAUAAUUGAUAAUCUGUAGUAUGAUUUGUAUAAUGUGUGUUUAAAGUUUAUAGUUUGGUUUUUUUUUUUAUUUUUGUUCCUUUUCUUUAAAUUUUAAGUAGGUUAAAAAUAAUCUAUCCCAUACUAUAAGUAAAUUAUUCUAUUAUUUUUUUCAUACUAAAAGAUGAAGAACUAGUAUUGGUAUUGAAAACCAAAAGAAGAAUUUUCAGAAACGGACAAGAACCAGUGCCAAUGUUUUUUAGGAAUCGGCUCAUCCCCAAUAUUAAUAUAUUCUGUAUUACUAUUAAAUAUAUCUAUAUAAUUAUAUUUCAUGUGUGAAUAUUCAGAAGAAUAAGUGGAGCUAUGAUAAGAAUAUCCAAUACUGAAGAACAUGAAGCAUCAGGCAAAAUGGAAAGAGCUAUAACAAUUAGUGGACAACCUGAUGCUGUUAAUGUUGCUAAAACAUUGAUAAAUUUGAGGUUGGUUAUAAAUUCAUUUUUAUAAAACUAAAUAUAUUUCUAUUCUUAUAAUUUUAUUAAUAGUAUUGAUCAAUACAAUAAAUCAUCUGGAGACUCUUUGGAAUUUGAUGAAGAUUUUUCAUCCAAUUUUACAACAGAUGCAAAAACCACAACUGAAACUUUAGCAACAUUAUUAUCAAAUCCAAAUGGUUUAGGAGCUUUAGGAGCACUGACUGGACUGAAAGAACUUUUAGGAAGUAUUAACAAUAAAAAACAAUUGAAUAAAAAAAAGGAUAAAAUUGAUAAAUAUUCACCUUAUUAAAGUAAUUAGUUGUUAAAAUCAUUGUUAUAUAAUUUAAUCAUAUUUUAAAUUAAUUCUAUUGAUACCAAAUUAAAUAUUUUUUCCCCUGAUAUAUUGUAUAAUUGUAAAAUUACAUUUAAAAAAAUAAAGUAAAGUACCAAAAUAAGAAUCACAAAUUUUAAAAAAGAAAAGUUAUAUAUAUAAAUAUAAUAAUUAUUGUACUUUGUUGAAUUUUUAAACCGGUUGAUUUUAUAAAGAGUAAAUCUUUUUUAAUUAUUCAAUGUUUAUUUACAAUACAUUUAAAUUUAUUUGGUUCCUUUUAAAUUUUUAGAUUUACUGAUUAUUAUACCUUAAAUUUACUAUAUUUUUAAACAAUAAUCUGUAUUUUUUAGAUUUAAAGUUUAAUAUAAUUUCUGAAUGAUUGUAGUAUAUGUGUUGAUAAUAAAACUUUUAUAUUAGAUAAACUGUGUGAGAAAAAAUGUUAUGAGAGUAUUGGGAAUGAUUUACCAAAUUACCAAUGCUAAUAUAAAAUAAUUUAUCAAAUAUAAUAAUACUUAAUUAAACAUUUUUUAAAUUCUAAGAACAGCAAGAAAUGUUGGUUUUACUAUGGUGUGUGAUUGUGUUGUUUUUUUUUUUUGUAUGUGAACAACUUUUUUAUCACAAUUCUGUUAUAAAAUUUAAAUUUAACAAAGCUUCUGUGACAUGAUUAUUGUAACUUGAAUAAAUGUUUUACAUAAAAU